CCACCAACCACUCCCCGUCAGGUCGUCACGUUCCAGCCGGGGUAAACAAACACGGCAGAACCUGCUGCGCUGCUCGGAAUUCAACGAACCAACCAGCCAAAUCCUCCCCUUAAAAUCCGAGAGCCCCGGCGGCGAGCAGGGCACGGCGCCGGCCGACCGGAUCUAAGCGAGGGUUCCGGCGACGAGGAAGCCCGCAGGCGGGCGCGAAGAGAAGGCGGGGGGAGGAGAUGGCCUCGGAGGAGAUGACGGCGACGGAGGUGGCGGCGCUGCUGGAUCUGAAGCCGCACCCGGAGGGCGGCUUCUACAACGAGACCUUCCGCGACGGCUCCAUCACGCUCUCCACCUCCCAGCUCCCGCCCCAGUAUAAGGUUGACCGUGCUGUGAGCACUGCAAUCUACUUCUUGCUUCCUGCAGGGAGUGUUUCACGUCUCCACCGCAUUCCCUGUGCUGAAACCUGGCACUUCUACAAGGGAGAGCCUCUCACGGUCUUUGAGCUGCAUGAUGAUGGCCACAUUGACCUCACUGUCAUCGGCCCGCACCUCGAAGCUGGCCAGCGCCCCCAGUAUACCGUGCCACCGAACGUGUGGUUUGGUUCCUUCCCUACGCUGGAUGUUGAGUCGUUUGCUUCCGAUGGCAGUGUUCUUGUAAAGUCUCGGAAGAGGGAUCGUGAGCAGCACUACUCCCUGGUUGGCUGCACCUGUGCCCCUGGUUUCCAGUACGAGGACUUUGAAAUGGCCACAUUUGAGGACGUGAGAUCCCUUGCUCCCAAGGCUGAACCUUUCCUCAAGUUCCUCAUUCCUUGCACCGAGUAACUCUGGGGCAACCUAGGUUGAUGCUGGAUGUUGUUUCAGCCACCCCGGCAUUUUUAGCGUGAUUCCAUGAGGGUUGCCCUUUCACUAUCUUGUAAACCAUGUACUGUACCCAUGCGCUUGGUACUAGUUGCAGCAUUUUGUGCACUGAAACAGUAUAACAGUUACAGUUGAGCUCAUGUUGAAACGAUGGAUGGCUUUUAGUGUAUCUUAGAAUCCUGACUGAGUUUGAUCGAUGAAUUGUGUCAUGCAUAAUAGAAUGGGUAAUUGUUCGUAAACA